UGGGACUAGAUGAUGGCGACGCAAGUUGAACAAGACAGAAAAAAAUAAAUUUCGAAGAAUAUGUGAGGUUAGAUAAGGAUUGCUAAAACAAGAAAUAUUCAUGCGGAAAACGAUUCCACCAAAACGGCAAGAAUUGAGCACUUUUUAUAAUAAAUGCUCUAAUAAUUGAAUACCCAUAAUGAGUUUCAAUCUUUUGAUGUCAAUACGAGGAUAAACACAAGAAGUGCACAUUUGAAAUAAAAAAGUAAACGAAAAAUAAAUAACAAAUAUGAAACGACCGUUAGAAGAAGAGAGUGAUAUUUCUGAUGGGAAUCCUAUAGUAUUCUUGGAUGUCGCGGUCGGUGAUGAGAGAGUUGGAAGGAUUGUCAUUGAACUUUUUAAGAAUAUAGUACCAAGGACUGCGGAAAACUUUCGAGCCUUGUGCACAGGAGAAAAAGGGAUUGGCUGCAAUGGCAAAAACCUUCAUUACAAAGGGACCAUUUUCCACAAGAUCGUUCCACUCUUCAUGAUCCAAGGAGGAGACAUCAUUAACUUUGAUGGCACUUCAGGAGAAAGUAUUUAUGGUCCACAAUUUGAGGAUGAGAAUUUUGAAGUGCAGCAUGAUAAAGAAGGUCUUCUGAGCAUGGUAAACAAAGGACGACCGGAUACUAACAGUUCUCAGUUCAUUAUCACGACCGGACCUAGCAAACACUUGGACAAUACUCAUGUCGUUUUUGGCAGAGUUCUGAAAGGAAUGGGCAUUGUUUCAGAGCUCAACAGCGUUCCUACCACAAAUGAUAAGCCUAGUGAGAAAGUUCAUAUAACGGAUUGCGGCGAAUUUAAAAAAGGUGAAAAUUGGGGUCUCGAAGAGAACGAUUGUACCACGGACAAAUAUCCACCCUGGCCUGAAGAUUGGGAUUACGCAGACUCGAAGGAUGUAGACCAAAAAUUCAUCGUCGAUGUGGUAAAACAAAUCAAAGAUUCUGGUAACCAUUAUUUCGCAAAAAAAGAUUUUGUCAAUGCUGGCAGAAAAUACAAGAAGGCAUUAAGAUAUCACAAGUGGCUCAGCGAAACUGGAGACAUGCCCAGUGAAUUGGAAGAAAACGCGACUGAACUCAAAGUAGUUUCCUGGUUGAAUCUUGCAGCUGUUUAUUUGAAGGAAAAGAAACCCAGAGAAGCUCUCAAAUUAUGCAACCAGGUUUUGGCGAUAAACGAGGAUAACGGUAAAGCUUUAUUCCGAAGGGGUCAAGCUUACAUGGAUUUAAACGAGUACAAUUGCGGUAUGGCUGAUCUCCGACGUGCCAGUUCAACAUGUCCUAACAAUUCGGAUAUUCUUCAAGAGAUCGCGAAGGUUAAAAGAAUAAUGCAAUCGUAUUUGUUAGUAGAGAGGGCUGUAUGCAAAAGAAUGUUCCAGUCAAGUAGGUUGUGAAGCGUAACCUCGUACGUAGAGAAACUUAUAAGAAUUCAACUAUGAUACAAAUAGUUAUUAUGUAUCCGCCAAUCAUGAAUGGAUUUUUGUAUUUUUCACGUAUAAAUCAAGAGUCAAAAAAUGUUUAUAUCAUGUAAGGAAAUCGUGUUAAAAUUUUAUAUCAAUGUUCGAAUAUGUACGUAUAUUAGUCGCGCAUUUUGAAACUGUCUUUCUAUAGAAAUAAAAGCAUAUAUUAAAAAUGUUCAAAGGUCAA